UGGACUGUCAACAAUAAAGAUGGCUGCGGUCUCCUCUAACUCAUAAAGAAGGUAAAUAAAUAAUAUUAUUUUCCCGCGCUCACAUUCUGUCUUCGUGCAGUCCGACGGCCCCGCGGCGGGAACCGGACUCACUUUGACCACUUUAAUCUGUUCAAUGAGCACUGUGAGUUAAAUAUUAAACUCUUUCCCGGGAGUCUGUUAACCUACUUUCCCCUGAUCGAUCUGCUCAUCGACGUCACUGUCACUGAUAUCGAUCCCGCUCGCGGGCUUUUUGUGUUGCCACAACAACGAGCUUCAGUACGUGAAGGGCAUCAGAUGAGGUCACCCGUCCAGUUCAGAUACGUUCACCGGACUCCCUUCACAAACCGGGAGAUUUUACGUUUCUCCCGCCGUCGCUCUGAUCAAUAAAGACAUUUUUACAGCAGGAAUAUCGUUUAUGAUCGAUAAGGAGCUCCUCUUCAAUUCGGCAUCAGAUCAUCAGAGCUGCUGGAGGCCCCCCAACCCGAGCUGCAGUCAUGGUGCUGAAGGUCUUCUUCCCGCAGUGCUGUAACCGGGCCGACAGCGGACUGAUGGUCGGCCGCUGGAUCUCCGGCCACGACUCUGCCGUGGUGCUGGCGGUCAUCCACUACCCGUUCAUCCCCGGGCAGGUCAAACAGUACAUCCACAAGAUGCAGACCCAGAGUGGGGUGGAGCUGUCGGUGCUGGGCUCGUGGAGUUUACCCAAAGAGGGUCAGGAGGGCAUGGAGAGCUUCCUCAGGGACCUCAGCACCAUCUUCCCCCAGGAACGCUGGCUCCAGAUCAACCGCGAGAUCGGCAAGACGGGCUUCACCUGCCAGAUCCUCGACCGGGAUCAGAGUGGGCGAGCAGUUCAACGGGAGGCCAAGAAGAAGACUGAGAAUGGAGAGGCUGGAGGCGACAAAGAUGAGGAGGAGGAGGAGGAGAAGGUGAUCUUCGUCCACUACGAGCAGAGGAAGGUGAUGCAGUCGCAGCUUCACCCCGUCGAAAACGGAGUUCCAGACCCUAAAACUGAUCCGCCAUCUGAGCUGAGACAGCAUGUGGCCAAAGAGCUGGAGCAGCUGCUGCAGUGGCUGAUGGGAGCUCCUGCGGGGCUGAAGAUGAACCGGGCCCUGGACCAGGUUCUGGGCCGCUUCUUCCUCUACCACAUUCACCUCUGGAUCAGCUACAUCCACCUGAUGUCCCCCUUCAUCGAGGGGAUCCUGUGGUACGGAGGCCUGUCAGCCUGCCUGGGCCUGACCUUUGCCCUCUCGCUGCUCUCUGACAUGGUCGCCCUGCUCACCUUCCACAUCUACUGUUUCUACGUGUACGGAGCCAGGCUGUACUGUCUGAAGAUCUACGGCCUCUCGUCUCUCUGGAGGCUCUUCAGAGGGAAGAAGUGGAACGUGCUGCGCCAGAGGGUGGACUCCUGCUCCUAUGACGUGGACCAGCUCUUAAUAGGAACGCUGCUGUUCACCAUCCUGCUGUUCCUGCUGCCCACCACGGCUCUCUACUACCUGGUCUUCACUCUGUUGCGGCUGGUGGUGGUGCUGUUCCAGGGCGUCCUCCACCUCAGCGUGGACUUCAUUAACUCCUUCCCUCUGUUCGCGAUGGGCCUCCGCAUCUGUUGCUCCUACAGACUUGCAGAGGGUGUGAAGUUCAGGGUCCUGUGUGAGGAGCCCGGGACGGCCCUUCACCUGCUGAUGGAG